AGAUAUCGUCUAAAACAAAAUAAUAAGAGAAAACGUCGACUGAACAUGAAGGGUCUUUAGUUUCCAGGAAUAAUUCAAUGUAGGCAGAGCCUUUUCUUCAAGACUCUUAAAGAGAUGUUUGUGUUCCUAUUAAUUAUAACAGGCAGUAUUUUUGGCUGUUUUAGUGGCAAGAUAUCCGAGGAUGGUAUACCCGAGUUUAAAUUAAACCAAUCAUUGAAUUCGUUUAGUACACUUAAUAUUAGCAACGACAAGAGUAUUCAGGUUUUGGAUUUUAACAAGUCUACAAGCAGAUGCGAGUUAGAUCAGCUUCAGUUUUCGACACCCGACUUCUUGUGUAAUGCUUCUACUGACACCAUUACGUUGCGUAUCGGAAAUGUUAUUGUUAGCAAUGAAGAUGUCGCCAACUACACAUGUACUAAUUAUACUCAUGAAAUAGAUGGGUGCUGGCAAUAUUUGGUGGUGCUACAAAAAGCGAAGAUAUUAGGUAUGAAACCAGAUUUCAAUCCUCUGGAGGUUUUUGAAGGAUCAGAUGUCAGUUUAUUGUGUGAGGCUGAUGAAUCGGUAUAUCCAAUCAUUACCAACUUCAUUUGGAAGAAAGACGGCCAAGAAAUACCAUCAGAAGUUAACGAAACGUAUAAACUCACUAAUAUUUCAACAGACAGUUCCGGUACCUAUGAAUGUACUACCAGAAACAGCAUUGGAAGCAGUUUUCCGGUCCAGAAGAAACUUUCGGUUUUAGUUUGGCCGACGAUGGUACCACAGUUUUAUGAAAUAAAUUCGACUGGUAAUACUAAUCUGGUAUGUAACGUUACUGGAACAGUAUACUGGAGAAAGAUGGGAUCAAAGGAGAAUGUUUGUUAUGGUUCCCCUACGUGUCCUGUAUCUAUCCAAGAAUCGACCUAUUAUGAAUGUUUUAGUACUACAACCCAUAUCUCUAGCUUUGGUUGUCGGGUUUCUAAAACAACGAGUGCAACAUUUCAUGUGAUUUAUCAGUAUAAACCCGAGCUUCAAAACAUCCAUGAAAAUCCAAUCCAGCUGACCAGUCGUCUUGGACACCCAUUUGAAACGAAACUAGCAUUCAAGGCUUAUCCGAACGCAAAGUUAAGCAUAUUAAGUACGUCAGUAACAUUAAAUGUUUCAGAAGUUCAACCUAAUGUAUUUAAGAUAAGCUCCGAUAAAUUAACAACGGCGGACUUUGCUAAUUAUACAAUCCAAGCCACCAACACUGAAGGAAAUACAACCUUUUCACUGUGGUUAAAGGGGCAUCCGGAACCACCAGUAAAUUUAACAUACCAAAUAAUAGAACCUCAUCUCGUUGCAUUGUCAUGGGAACCAGGUUUUAGUGGAGGGACAUCGCAAACCUUCCAAGUACAUAUAUCCACUGAUGGAAGCGACUGGCAAAAAUACAACUGUAGCGGGGCUAAUAUUAAAGCACUUUAUUGCAAUGUGACAGACUUGGAGGUCGAUGUUGUUCAUUUGUUUGUGGUAACGUCUUUGAAUGGUUAUGGUUUGGUUUCACAAAAGAGCAAUACUUUGAUUGUUUUAAUAAAGAGCAAAGAGAAAGGGACUUCCGUUGGAAUCAUCGUCGGAUCUGUGUGUAGCUGCACAUUACUAAUUAUUGUCAUCACCUUAUGUGUAAUAUAUAGACCCUGUAGAAAUAUCUGCAACUCUAAGCCCGAUAACAACGAACCAGAUGGAAACACUUAUGAACAGCCAGAAUCAAAACGGUCUUAUGGAUCUAUGGUCAUUCUGAUUUUGGAAAAUAUACGAAAUACAUGUAGAAAAGAUGGCAGCUCAAGUGAUAAUGAAGCUUAUGAUACUGCCAAGGGCUGUACAGAACAGGAGCAUUAUGACACGUUAGACGUUCGUAAUGAAAAUCCUUAUAUUAAUAGGCAAACUAAAACAAGCGAUAACGUUAAAAGGUCUGAUGAUGACCCUAUUUACGAAAACAUGAACAAAUCAAGCCCGAAAAAGAAGACAAGGCAGAGGACCCCGUCAAAAACAACAGAGUUAAGUGUUACAGAAAGUCAAGAUAUUUACGAAAACAUGAACAAAUCAAGCCCGAAAAGGAAAACAAAGCAGAGGACCCCGUCAAAAACAAAAGAGGUCGAGUUAAGUGUUACAGAAAAUAAAGAUAUUUACGAAAACAUGAACAAAUGAAGCCCGAUAGGAAAACCAAAGCAGGGGAUCAGUGUUGCAAAAAGUAAAAAAAAAAUGAUUAUAGCAAAUAAUCUUCAUUUUAAUGAUGUGCGUACAAACCUGGGUCCGUAUGCAAAAGAUAUCUUAAGUCUAAUAUAGUCACUUAAAUAUACGUAACUUUCUGUAAGUUAAGGGUAAGUGGUAUUCAAAUGCUAUGAUAAGUAUCAAAUUUGAUUUUGUAGUGCCAUAAUAGUGUAUAAGGUUACUACCACCGAGAUGGUUAUGGUUUUCUCCUCGAUCAUUUAUCAUGUUCGUAUUGCUUAAUCAUGUUUUCCACGACUGUCAUAUAAUAAAGUUUGAUGCUGGCGAAAUGAGUAAUUCGUGAUUUUUGGCAGUGGAAUUUUUUCCAUAAGUUAAAAUUCACGUGUUUUGACUAGUGUGGUUAUUCCCUAUUUUAAAGGACAAUAGUGGUGCCAGUCAUUAUCACAUAUGUGAUAG